AUUUCUCAUAGUGUAUCCCUCCCUCGAGGGUAAUUUUCAAGUUAAUUGUGCCGCAUGCGCUUAUGUACGUACCGGUGAGCGGAUUCGGCGGUGCGCGGAUACGUCGAUGAGCGGACGGUGGAUUUUAUACGCAUUACGCACAUACACGCGGUGAAAUAUCUACAUGCCCCAGGUGCCAAAUUAAUUUUUCCGCUUUCUUAAGGCACACGUGAAAUGCACAUGAGGGUCAAUGGGAAAAAAAUCUCAAAUGGGCCAAGUAGGUCAAAUGGGUUAAGCUAAAGAGGCCAAUCCAACCAUACCAGGUGAAGCAGCCGAAGCAGCGGAAGUAGCCGAACCAACCGAAUGACCAAACAGCGCACAAACGGCCAAGGAGCCCGCGAAAUUUUUUAACGCCCAAUGCCUACAAACGUAGCAAUUUGAGGAACCAAGCCGAAGCAUAGCAUAGCACAGCAUAGCAAAGCAAAGCGGAGUGGCUUAAAAAAAAAAUCGCUUGUUCACCUGUACGGCAUCCCACUUGCGCACCAAAAUUCCCACCCCCAACCGUUUCCGCAAGCAGUUCUGCAAAGAAAAACAUUUUUCAUUUUUCCAUUUCUCAUCGCAAGUCGCAAAAAUACCCUCAGGAGCCAGUUUCCUUUCCUGUUUCAGGCUGAAAAAAAAAAAAAGGGCAGCCGGCUCGAACGAGAUGAUGUGCCUCCGCGCACCUCGCCCCCCCUGCCGCGUUUGCCAAGUGAGCUUGUUCUCCCCAUAUAAACACGCAUGCGUAUGUUCAUUUAGAUAAAAAUUCGUACCAAAAGUGGGGGAUUUGCCUAGCCGUGUCAAGUACCGCACGAGUAGCCACUGCAUGGAAAAAAUCAUGGAAAGGAUGAGCCCCUUUUGUUACGCAGCUCUUGGCAGAAUCUUCGCUUGCGCUUUAGCAAAAUAAGUGGAGGAGCCCAGCCCAAGCGCAGGAGGCCCCACGCGCGCGUAUGCCCCUACACAGCAGGGCAUAAAGUGACUCCCCGUUCGGCACUCACCAAAACGGGGGACUCCCUCGAGAGAGUCACCCCCUGUGUGUUGACACCCUGUUUAUGCACUCCACCCGUUUGCGCGACCACAGUGAGAUAAUUGCCAAACGGUGCGAUUCCUCCAGAUAGCUUCGCCAAACAGAGCCCCCCCCCAACGCGUAACCCCAUAACAACUGCCACAUAACCGCAACGCAUCGCAGACGAGUGUUUACCCCCCCCGCAGAGGCACCAUGAACAGCAUCCUGAGCACGGAGAAGCUGUGCGAGGUGUUGGAAGGGUCCAUCAGCGCGUCCAAGGAGAAGAGGACGCAGUGCGAGGAAUACCUAAAGCAGGUGUGCAAGGUGGAGGGGUACAUCGACGUAAUUCUUAACAUCGUGAAGAGCGCCAACCUAGUGGACGACAACAUAAGGAUUUCGGCGUUGAUCUUUUUAAAAAACACCAUAAAGAAUAACUAUGAGUCGCUGAAGAAGGAAGAGAUAUGCGGGCUGACGAAGGACAUAUACGAGAGUUUCCUCUUCCUCGAAAUGAAGGACAAGCAAAUUUACAUGCAGCUGUUCGAAAUUAUGAAGGUGUUAAUACAUAAUAGCUUUCCAGACCACUUUGUCAUUUUGGAUAAUAUCCUUAACGAUGUGAAUCAGCGGAAGGAUGUGAGGAGGCUGUACGUGAGUCUCUACUGUUUGAAAUUAAUUUUUAAAAAAUUAAAAAUAAAAAAAAAAAAAAACAACGAAUUGUAUACAGAAAUGCUGAACAAGUAUUUUUACCCAUUGAUUAAUUGCCUGUACGAUUUAAGCUCCGUCGAUAUCAACAGCAACGAAGUGAGCGAAAUACUUUGCAUCAUUUGUAAAAUUUACCAAUACGUGAAUGAUAACUUCUUCAUUAACGAAGUGAUCAUUUUGGAUUACAUGGACAAUUACUUUAGUCUCUUCGAUUUUAUUUUGAAAAACGAAAUUGUGGUCCCCAACUACAUGGAGGAUGAGAGUUACCUGAAAGCCCUGCCACAGUACAAGUGCAAGAGGAUCGUGCUAGACAUCGUGACUCGCCUCUUCUCUCGGUAUGUAAACACCAACUACAACAAGUGCAAUAAUGAAAUUACGGAGAAGUUCUGCCAUUCUUUUCUGAACAAAUGGCUCUGCCCCUUCUUCGAAGACCUCAUCAUCAUCCUGCAGAGUUACCACAAAAAUAGGAAGACGCUAACAGAUGAGUGUUUGGUAUACAUCCUGCAGGGACUCUCCUACGGAGUUGAAAAUGCCCUUAUUUACAAGAACUAUAUAAAAAGUAACUUUGAGUUUUUGGUUAGGGAUGUCAUUUUCCCGCUGCUCUGCUACAACGAUGAGGACGUGGAGAAGUUCCUUUGCGACCAGUACGACUUCACCAUGAACAUUUUUAACACCUACAUUGUGGAGGAUAAGAAAGUCAGCGCUACGUCUUUCAUCAAAGAUUUGACUCGCUACCGGGGAUCCAAGCACAUCUCCGAGCUGUUUCACCUCUGCGAGAACGUCAUCAGCACGUACAACCAGAAUUGCCACCUGGUGUAUAGCAACUUCGCCGCGCAGGGGAACCACGACGAAGCUUUGUUGGAGGAACUCCUUCGAAACGAGUUUUGCAAAUACAAGUACGGCGCGCUGAAAAUUCUGGAGUGCCUCUACAGCAGAUUGUGCGAUAAGAAGAGGAACAUGAACAUCGAGCAGUUUCUAAAAACGUAUGUAGAAAAUGACCUGAACAAUCCCAACCAUUUAGUUUGUUACCAGUCCAUCGUCACCUACUGUUGCUUCAUUAAGAAGGUGCAACACUUUAGCGAUGUGAAUGGCCUCGUCCGCAAUUACGAGGUGGUUCUAAAUCAUAUAGGUAGUCCAAGCCUACUCAUUCGAGUCGCCAGUGCGUCUUAUAUAAAAAAAUUCUUUAAAAUAAAAAAUGAAUACCUCAAAAGUGUGAUUAUCAAGUCUAUUCCUAUCCUCAUUGAACGACUACUCAACGUGAUUAAGGAGGUCAAAUGUGAAUACAUCGUCAUGACGCUGGACAACUUGGCGUACACGUACAAAGACUACAUAACGCCCUACGUGAAUGACGUGGUCAUCACCCUGUGCACCAGCUUCGUUUUUCUCAUUAACAAGAAGGAUGAAGAAGAGAGUGCCCACAACUCGCUGGAAAAUACCCUGAGGCAUAACCCCGACUUGGCCUCCCCCCCACAGGAGAGUGCACUGAGAAACGAUAGGUACUCCCUUACAAAUGACGAUGAAUGCACCGUUGCAAAGAAGGAAAAAAAAACGGAGAAUGAAGAACUAGACUUAAACUCAGUUAUUCUUUCCAUCCUGACGGCCAUUUUGAGUCUACUCGAUUCUGUAGACGAAGGAAAUAAGGAGCAGAUAUACAAAAAUACUAUGUCUUACCUAUACGUCGUGGUAGACGAAACGUUUAAGUCCCCCUCCAUCGAUUAUCUAGAAGAGGCACUCUCCCUGCUGACGAACAUUACCUACUACCUAGAGAUAGACAACGAUGUGUACCUCCGCUUUGAAAAGCUGUAUGACAUUUUCUAUUUCAACACGGACGACAAUCUGAAGUUGCAAGAAUUAAAUUGUAUUCGAAAUAACCCCCAACUGAUUUUGAGCACCGAUUUGAUACUCUCCGAUAAGAACACGGAUGUGUAUUUUUAUGACUUCAUUUUUGACCUAUCCUUCAGCAUAGGCGUCUUUGACAACAUCAUAUCGAAAGCCACGGAGCAGUUCGUCAAUCUGUACAGUGAGACCUACGGAAUGAAGUACAUCCACAUGGUAUACCGCUUGGGAAUAUUCGCUCUGCACUCUAAAAUUGUGAAAGAUAGCUGUAAGUUGUUUUUCAUUCUGUUCGAGGCAACGGUGAAGAUCCGGGGAGUGGACGAGCUGGUCAUCCCCAUCCUCACUGCGUAUUCGAUGAAGCUGUUCAAGCACGACGAGGCGUCUGCCCUGAUGAACCAGAAGAAGAAGAAAAAGGAAGUCACCAUGGAGGGUAGCAGCGAGAAUGGAAGCAAUGCCAAUAAUGCCCAUCAUGGCGGUGGAAACGCCGAUGAGGACGAUGCGGCGGACAGCAUAUGCAGCGAAUAUGACGAAGACAUCCUCAGCAAAACCAGCAUUGAGUACAUCAAAAAAUUGUUCUACUCUAUCAUCAUCUAUGAUGUGAAUCAGUUCUUCCUCUUUUUCAACAACAUGAAUAGGACCAACUACAUCCUCUCCCUGCUGUCCAACCUUGCCGACGUCCAGAUGAAUAACACCCGGAAGCUCUACAUCCUUGCCAUGAGCAGCAUCCUAGAUAACAUGCACCACUCACACAUUAGCAUGCACAUCGGGGAGGCCAACUCAUUCAUCCUAAAUGUUGUGAAUGUGGCAAAGACAUACUACGAAAGUAAAAAUGAGCAGAAGGAGUCUUCCGAAAAGUCCUUCGAUUCGGAGUCCUCCUCAGGGGAUGAAAACAGCGAAGUGGAUAUUGACGAAAAUGAAGAUGCCACGAAUGAUAAGGCUUUCAAAUUAAUUAAAACAAUCGAAGCGUUGGAAAAAAAAAAUGACUUAAAAAUUAAGUUAAAGGAAAAUGUGAACCUCAGCAAGUUGGAUGAGCUGGCCAACCAGCCACACGCAAACAGCUCUGCUUUGGGGAAUAACCAAAGCGGGAACAACGCGUUUAUCCACAAAGACAUGUUGAAGCAAUUCAGCACAAAUGAGCAACUUCUGCAGCAAGCCAACGCGCGCAGGCAUCAAGGUGAUGAAGCCGACGACGAGGACGACGACGAUGAUGACGAUGAUGAUGAUGACGACGAUGACUGCUCAGACUACAGCAACGAUGAAUACAGAAAGGGAUUCUUCGACGAUAUCAACGCCUUCAACAUUCUGUACGACACUACCUCCAGCUUUUACAGAAAAUAUGAAAACGUUUACAGCAGUGACAUUCUGGGCAAGAUUAAAUACCUCGUCGACGCAGACCUCACCGCGCAGAUGCAGGACCGCACCGACUGA